AAAAAAAAAACUGAAACUUCUACAACAACCUCAGCUCACCUGCUCAGAUUAAAGAUACGUUUUUUUUAUAAGCUCAGAAAUAUCACCAGCAACUCAAGCCAUUGAAACCAAACCCAGAAGCUCUUGAUGCAAGAGGUAAUUGAAGGUGAUAAAGAGAAAAAUGAGAGGCAUUUUGCUUGGAUUGUGGCUAGGGUUAGCUCUUAAUGUUAUCCAAUUUGCCUCUUCUACUAUUCUUCUCAGAUCCUUGUCCAUGUCCUUCACUGACCUUCCCGCCAAAUUUGCUGUUGGCGUCAAUGAUUCUGGUAUAUGCGGAGCUCUUCAUGUUGUAAAUCCUCUAGAUGCUUGCAGAUCACUAAGCAAUGAUCUUCGAUCGACAAAUAUCGGUGGAAUAAAUUUUGCUCUGAUAAUUAGGGGUGAAUGUGCUUUUGAAGAUAAAGUCCGAAAUGCUCAAAAGGCUGGAUUUAAUGCUGCAAUUGUCUAUGACAAUCAGGACAAAGGAAAUUUGGUUUAUAUGAUGGUAAAUCGCGAGAAUGUUUCGGUGCACGCGGUUUUUAUUUCUAAGAGAGCUGGUGAAAUUCUGAAGGAGAAUGCUCGAGGGGAAGAUGGCGAGUGUUGCAUCUUCCCGUUUAAUAGUGAAACAGCCUGGACUGUGUUGGCAAUAUCUUUUAUCUCAUUUAUUGUCAUAUUAGCUAUUUUGAUGGUAGCAAUCUUUACCCCUAGACGUUGGCUGACUUCAAGGGGGAGAAAUAAUCUCCCAAGAAAUGUAGACGUGAAGAUGGUGGAAGCUCUGCCCUGCUUCACGUUCAGCUCUGCUCAUUCGAGUGAUUGUCAUGCUGGAGAAACUUGUGCCAUCUGCCUUGAGGAUUACAAAGAUGGAGAGAUCCUUAAAGUUCUUCCCUGCAGGCAUGAGUAUCAUUCAAGUUGCGUGGACUCGUGGCUGAUUAAAUGGGGUACGUUCUGUCCUGUGUGCAAGCAUGAUAUGAGAACCGAAUAUGAAUGUUCUGAGGUAAAGAGAAGAACCUGGCUAUAGAAUCACUUGAUUAAAUUGAGGAUUCGCCUGGCUGAGGGUUCAUAAGUGAUCGCGACUUCAGCUAUGCCAGAUUGCCUUGCAAUGUUUCUCUUAUCUCUUCGUAAGGGUGACGGAGGCAAGGCAUUUCAAUGAUUCGCGUUUGGAUUGAUAUCAAAGUUUCAGUAGAGCUGCCGUUGGCUUGAAUCUUGUUGAAGCAUCUUCACUAGUUCAGUUGAAUUCCUAGCAUCCUCAUUGGCUUCUCCAACUUAUAGAUUGAUUGCAACGUUCUCGAGAUGAAUCAUCGGCUGAUCAUUGGGGUCCAUUUUUGUGGCCCCGUUAAACAUGUUUUAGACCAGGUUCUGUACCUCUUGUCACAGUUGGUAUUCUUAUGACCCGACAUGAUGCCCAUGUUGUUAUUGGUCUCUUUUUUGCUGCUUUCUUCGUGUCUAUAGGACAUUCAAUAUGUUUAUGUUAUAGAAAGAUGGGGCAAAAAGGAGAGAAAAAGUUUAACCCAA